GAGGUUUAGUGUAAGGCUGCCACACACCCUUCGGACUGGUACCUCUUAGCCCAGCCAGGCACUUGGGGCGCCCAGAAAGGAAAAGAACCUCCCUUGGCUCCAGAAUGGCAUCAGGAGACACAAAGACAAGCGUCAAGCAUGCCCACCCCUGUGCCGAGAGGUUGUCCCUGCAGCAGGAGGAGGGAGAGGCUGAGGACUACUGCACCCCUGGAGCCUUCGAGCUGGAGCGCCUCUUCUGGAAGGGCAGCCCCCAGUACACACACGUCAAUGAGGUCUGGCCUCGGCUCCACAUUGGUGAUGAGGCCACAGCGCUGGACCGCUACGGGCUGCAGAAGGCCGGCUUCACGCACGUGCUGAAUGCCGCACACGGCCGCUGGAAUGUGGACACCGGGCCGGACUACUACCGAGACAUGGCCAUCGAGUACCACGGCGUCGAGGCCGACGACGUGCCCAGCUUCGACCUCAGCAUCUUUUUCUACUCGGCUGCCGCCUUCAUCGACUCGGCGCUCCAAGACGACCACAGUAAGAUCCUGGUUCACUGUGCCAUGGGCCGAAGCCGGUCAGCAACUCUGGUCCUGGCCUACCUGAUGAUCCACAAGAACAUGACCUUGGUGGACGCCAUCCAACAAGUGGCUAAGAACCGCUGUGUCCUGCCCAACCGGGGCUUCCUGAAGCAGCUCCGGGAGCUGGACAAGCAGCUGGUGAAGCAGCGGCGACAGGCGGGGCCGGGGGCCGGUGAGCUGGGGCUGUAGGGCGCCUCCUCAAGGAGGAUCAGAGACCCUGGUGCCCAGAGCAGAAGGCUGAAAGGUGUCUGCACCAAGGCUUCGUUCGUCGUGGAGAUGAGACAGUGAAGCCAAGGGCUGGGCGCAGCAUAGACUCCCCGGAGUCUAGCUUUGCCUCAUGGUGGGCCAAGUCAGCUGCAGGGAGAACUGGGUAAGGGGAAGGUACCGUUCUUCACAGUCUCCUGUCCUUUAGGUUGGAAGCAAAAAAAGGGUUUCCUUUGUUGGGCUGGUUUUUUUUUUUUUUUUUUUAAAUGUGUGGGUACUGUGUUGUGAUUAAAUGUUUGGCUCUGAAAGGAAAAAAAAAUAACGUACUU